AUGGAAGCAUACGAAAUUGAUAUACCAGUCGUCGAAGACGACGAUGCGAUGUUGAUCGACGAAGAACCCAGAGAUGGAGUAAGGUCUGGUGACAAGUAUGAACAAUUUGAAUCUGCAGUCGAUGAAGAUGCUACUGUUGGACGCGCUCAUAGAUCCGUCGAAGGAUGGAUUGUUUUAGUAGUGGGUCUUCAUGAAGAAACCACGGAAGAUGGAAUUACAGAUAAAUUUGCAGAUUAUGGUGAAAUAAAGAACUUACAUCUAAAUUUAGAUCGAAGGACGGUUGAAUAUGAAACAUUUAAAGAAGCCAAAACUGCAAUUGAUGCUGUUAAUGGAACAAAGCUUCUUGGAUCUACAUUACAUUGUGAUUUUGCUUUUAUAAGAGCACCUAUUGGAAAUGGAGGCGGUGGCGACGCGGAAGAUCUUCUAGUCCACACAGAAGAUAUUAAAUUUACUCUUUCGGGAGGUAUCUUAACGGAAAAGAAAAAAUUACAAUCAUGA